GAGAGGAAGCAAAAUUGUGAGUGGAUCCUGCUGAGAAUCCAGCACCGAUGGGAAGGAAGACAGAGAGAGCUAGGAUUCUCUGGGAGCUCGGCAGAGAUGUGAAUUAUUAAAAAGAAAAUGGCCCAACAGGACACUGUAUUUCCUUCUCUUGUCACCCAGGAAGGGUAUACUAUCUGGAAAAUAUGCAUCUAAGGCGAGUGAGGACCAUGCCCCGACACAGCCAGUCCCUGACCAUGGCACCCUAUUCUUCCGUGAGCCUGGUGGAGCAGCUGGAAGACAGGAUCCUCUGUCAUGAGAAAACCACGGCAGCCCUGGUGGAGCAUGCCUUCCGCAUCAAAGAUGACAUCGUCAGCAGUUUGCAGAAGAUGCAGAACAAAGGGGGAGGUGACCGCUUAGCCAGGCUGUUCUUGGAAGAGCAUAUCAGGAAUAUAACUGCCAUUGUGAAACAACUGAAUCGGGAUAUCGAGGUUCUCCAGGAGCAGAUCCGUGCCAGGGACAACAUCAGCUAUGGAACUAAUUCUGCCUUAAAGACGCUGGAGAUGCGCCAGCUCUCUGGCUUGGGAGAUCUUCGAGGAAGAGUUGCGAGGUGCGACGCCAGCAUAGCCAGACUCUCGGCAGAGCACAAGACGACCUACGAGAGCCUCCAGCACCUGAACAAGGAGCAGCAAGCAGCCAAACUGGUUCUGGAAACAAAAAUCAAAGACGCAGAAGGACAGAUUUCUCAGCUUUUGAGCAGAGUGGACUUGUCCAUUUCAGAGCAGAGUACCAAACUGAAGAUGUCCCACAGAGACAGCAACCACCAGCUUCAGCUCCUGGAUACUAAAUUUAAAGGUACAGUCGAGGAGCUCAGCAACCAGAUUUUAUCUGCCCGGAGUUGGCUGCAACAAGAACAAGAACGGAUAGAGAAAGAACUUUUACAGAAAAUCGAACAUCUUUCCUUGAUUGUUAAGGAAAACAGUGGAGCCAGUGAAAGAGACAUGGAGAGAAAGCUCAGCCAGAUGUCAGCCAGGCUUGACAAAAUCGAAGAGAGCCAGAAGAAGAACGUGGAGGGACCGAGAACGAAGCCGGAAGAGGAGAAGGUGCACGGGCGGAUCAGCAAACUGGAGUUACAGAUGAGCGAGGACAUGAAGGAAAUGAAAGCGGAGGUGAACGCUGGGUUUACAGCCAUCUACGAAAGCAUAGGAUCCCUGAGGCAAGUGUUGGAGGCCAAGAUGAAGCUGGACAGGGACCAGCUACAGAAGCAGAUCCAGCAGAUGCAGAAGCCAGAAACUUCCAUGUGAAGAGGGCUGGGUCGAGGACCUGGCAGGAGAUUGCCUGUGGGGCUAAGAACCAGACACCUCUGCAGCCGGAUCACGGCUGCGUUCUGGAUCCCAUCUGGGGUGUGCAUGUGCCAAGAAACGUGUUCUCAUGGGUCUAAACGUUUACCUUAUUGAAAACACCUUUAUUCAAAAGUCUUCAGUACAAUUUUUACAACUGUAUUUCCCUAUCUAAGUGCAGUUGAGCCCUAUGCCCUCAGAUUUUGAAAGGCUUUUAUGAAUGAAAAGAAUUUAUUUUCAAUGCUUGAUGAUCUAGCCAAGACUACUAUUUUGGAAAAGAAAAACCUGCCAUGGUAAUUUUUUUUAAAAUUAAGAAAUGAAUAAUGUAUUGCUCCUCACCUUAUAUUAAGAGAAUAUCCUGGUAGAUUAGAGUUCAGCUUGAAGUCCACAUCUGGAUUGUUUUACUGUUGUCUAUGCAUUUUUUAAAAAAAAAUGUUGGGUUAUUUUCUUGUAAAUCACCUGUCUUUUGUAGAGAGAAGAGAUUUAACACUGGAGGGGAAAAAAACCUUGCCAUUUAUAUAAUGAAAAUAGUUUUUUAAGAAUUGAUAACUGCCAUAUAGAUUGCAAAUUAAGUGGAAACUUACAACAUCUAUCUAGAUCCCUGAAGGCACAAUAUUUAUAUCCAUCUAGAGGUACCAGCUUUUAAUAUUUAAAGCUAUUUUUGGAACCAUUCACAGCCGGUGUAGCCAAUAGCCAUAUAUUUACUAAUGAGAUGGUGGCUCAGCAGUAUGCUUAUUGCACAGUUCAUUGUUCACCAAUCGCAAUGAACGGGAGGAUUUUUCAGACUUUACGAUUCACCUAAAUGUUCCCCAAAUAGACACUAAGUGCUAGGGUUUAUAGACGUUUGUUGUAACUGUCUAUUUGUGCCUUGGUUUUUAUCCUGUCACUGUACUGUCCCCUGUAAAAACAAAACAAAGCAAAACAUUGCCAAUAAGACAGAAAGUGUGGUAAACACAUCAGGUUGGGAUGUGAAACUGGGAUCCUAUGUACGUUUUAAGUGUCCUAACGAUGUUUUCACUGUCACGACGGGACACAGUCGGCAUCAUUCACGGAUUGGUUGCACAUACUUUUGUAUGGGACAGAGUCAAACUGAGGCUACAUUUAUCAUACCGCGAAGAGAUAUGUGUCCUGGCACCUUUGUCGAUGUUUUAUUUUCGAUCACCAUGUGUACCGAGUUGUUGAAGGCUUAAGCUUGUGCUGUUUGCUUGCCUGUGAGUACGUCAUAGCUGACAGAAGACAGCCCGGUGAAGUGUGAGGGCACCCCAGGAGAGAGAGCAGGGGCACUUAGAAGUUCCCGGAACGCCACCUUGUCUCUUCCUUUCUUCUCUCGUUUGCAAGGACUCAGGAAAAUAAACAUCGUUUUCUAUUUCUAGAAUAAAUCACGAUGAGAUUCUAACUGGCUCUUACUGUUGACCCACGUAAGGUACGCUGCUAAAGUACCUAAUAUUUCACUCUUGGUAGCUUGACAAAUCUGUUUUAAUUUGGACUCAUGAGAGGUUAUGUGAGGAAUACGUAUCCAUCGCGCAUUUCUUCAUUUCCCCGCGUAUCUUUGCAUCUCUAGAUAGGAAGAUCUUUCCACCUGGGAGAAGCCGCUGGUGUUCAGAGAGCCCGUUUUCCCCUUUGUGCGAGGCUAGCGGUGUUCCACGGAGUGAUUAAACACAAGGCUCAGGACAGGGCCACACCCCCUCAGUAGCUCUCUCCUCUGGGGGCUCUGAGGGAGAAGGAUGCGCACCCAUGACGCCUGGGAAGAGGGGGACAGGGGACACCAGCUAACUCCAGCCUAGCAGGUGGUGUAUGCAGGUGAUGCCGCAGCUGGUGGAAUCACCUAGGUGCUCGAGAUGUUGGCUAAGUGUGUGAUGCAGACCUGGGACGGGAACGCUCCACCCUGCCCACGUGGGGUCCCUCGGGGAGUUUGAAGAGUCACUGAUGCUGAGCAACCUCCCAACUUAGUCAGAGCAUCUGGGAGGCAGUCACCAGUGUCAGUGUGCCCCCCCCCCCACCCCCCUGGCUAAGCCCCAGUGUUUCGGUGUGUAGCUGGGAGGCCAUCCACCCAGUGAAGACAAUAGAGUUCUCUUCUAGCCAAAGUUUAAAGGAGAAUCAGCUAUCCUGUCUUUUCCUUUACCAGAGAUUUGCAAUAAAAAGAAUAAAAUUUCCAAAUAUA